GCUGGCCCCCGGCGCGUGGCUGAACCCGCACCGCAGCCUCCUGGGGAACUACGACGUGAACGUGCUGAUGGUGGCCCUGCAGGGGCAGGGGCUGGCCCUCAUCUGGUGGGAUAAGAGGAGGCCCCUGGAGCUCCUGGUGCUCCCCAACAUCUUCGGCUUCAUCCUCAAUGUCCCCGCGGGGCCUCUCCUGGGCCUGAUCCCGCUCCCGAUCCCGGUCCCGGUCCCGCUCCGGCGCCAGCACUGGCUCUCCCUGCGCUGCUUCCAAGGGGUUUAUUACAACCUGGACUCCAAGCUCCCACAGCCAGCGCCCAUUGGGGGUGAGGAGGAGCUCAGGGCUUUCCUGCGGGAUUUCCUCUCCCGAGGCCUCUCCGAGCUCUUCCUCGUGGUUCCCCGCGACGUGGAGGAGGCCGGGGCCUGGCUCAGGCCCCAGGAAGGGGAUUGA